AUUGGGGCUAAAUAUUUAAGCAGCACUGUAAACAUGCAGGCUGGGCUUCAGACAACCUACCUAGGCAAGCCUAAAUACACUAUCUGAAAUGGGCAGGAUUGUGUUCUUCGAGGACAAGAACUUUCAGGGUCGUCGCUACGAGUGUGACAGCGACUGCUCAGACUUUCAUACCUACCUGAGCCGCUGCAACUCUAUUCGUGUGGAGAACAGUGCCUGGGUGGUUUAUGAGCGGCCCAACUACAUGGGCAACCAGUAUGUGCUGACCAGGGGGGAGUAUCCUGAAUAUCCACGCUGGAUGGGUCUCAAUGACCAUCUCAGCUCCUGCAAGAUGAUCCGCUUUACAAGCGGAAUGCAGUACAAAGUUCAAUUGUACGACAAGCCCGACUUCACAGGCCAGGCCAUAGAGACCAUCGAUGACUGUCCAUCUGUGCCGGAGAGGUACCGCCUGAGAGAAGUCCAUUCCUGCAAAGUUUUGGACGGCUACUGGAUCUUCUACGAGCAUCCCAACUACCGCGGCCACCAGUACCUUCUGGAAAAGGGCAACUACCGCAAACCAGUGGAAUGGGGCGCAGUCUGUCAAACCGUGCAGUCAUUCCGUCGCUUCACCGAGUAACCUCGGGUGUUUCACGGUCAUGUUUCGUGACCUGCCCUUGUCCCUGCCCCACAAUAUUUGGGCCAACUGUUUGUGGCUUAACCUGAAGUCCCAGCUGAAAUAAAGUUUUUCUGGUGACUCACUCAU